AUGGCUCUUUUGCAGGAGACUCUGCGCUCCCUACACGCGCGGGAUUUGCAGCAUGGCUCUAAGCAGGCGUCUCUUUUCGCAGUCGGCAUCGCCUUUAUCAUCAUCACGCUUUUUGUUGUAUCUCUCCGAAUAUAUGUGCGAACACGUUUACUGGGGCUACGAAUGGCGACAGAUGAUUACUUAAUGGUGGCGGGUGCUUUCUGCACAAUGAUGCUUUCGGUUACCAAUAUGAUUAGCGGGUGGUAUGGCACGGGCGAGCGCACACGCGAUAUUCGCCCUCAAGACUAUACGCCUAUGCUGAAAGCGAACCUCGCGACCCGCAUUCUCUAUGUCUUUGCCAGCUUCCUUGUCAAAUUCAGCAUUCUGGUGUUCUACCAACGACUUGAUCCACGGCGAAGAACCAGGUUGAUUGUGUACUUCCUCAUGGCCUGGGUUCUCGCACUAUCCAUUAUGACGUUCUUCUCCUUUGUAUUGACAUGCGUACCGACAUGGAUCUACUGGGAUCUGGCGGCACAGGCGAAAUAUCCGGAGAAAUGUAUGUCGGCAACUACGCGGCAAAUCUUCUACAAUAUCAACAACGUCAUGAACAUCCUGCAAGAUCUAGCUAUAUACCUGGUUCCGGUAUUGAUCGUGUCCAACUUGCAAAUGCCACGAGCACAAAAGUUUGCGCUGGCCGCUCUUCUUGGCGUCGGACUCGUUGCAGUAGCAGCCGGUUGUGUGCGCUUCUACUACGUGCUCUUUCUCGUCAACAAAAUCGACGACUUUUACUACUACAUGGCCGACUCUCUCAACUGGUACAGUAUCGAGAUAUACAUCGGAAUCAUAUGCAGCUGCGCAUCGACCUUCAAGAUUCUCAUCUCAAGAUUCAUCCCUAAGAUAUCGCAUUACGUAGGAAGAAGCAAUGGGCAAUCGACCGGCAAAACGCCACGCAAUCAGCGUGAAGGAUCUCAUAGCGAUCAGAUCUUCAUGAAGCGUCUUUCGUCCAACAGACUGACUGGCAACCGUAAGUAUGGAGUCGACGGGAUAACGGAGAUUGGCAACGAGAGUCAAGAGGCGAUAGUGAAAAGCCAAUAG